AUGCCACCAAAGAAGAAGCCGCGCACAUCAGACCAGCUCACAAUCGCACCGCCCAGACCACGCGGCCGACCUCGCAAGUCGCUCGACACCUCAACCGCCUCGGUCCAACCAAAGGCAACGGCAAAGGCCACCACCGCAAAGGCCAAGGGCAACGCCAAUCAAGCUGCCCAGAACAAGGACAAGGCGAAACCUCAGACCAAGGGGAAAGCCAAGGCCAGCGCCGUCCCUGCCAAGAAGUCGAGGCCGUCCACGUCCUACCACGCCGACACCACGGGCUACAACUCGCCAUCCGAGGACAGCGACGUCUCUGCCCUCUCGGUCAUCUCGGACCUCUCCGACUCGUCUUCGGACGCCCUCUCGGUCGUGUCGGAAUCCACGCUCUCGUCCUCCUCCUCGCUCGCAUCCGACGACGGCGAUGCGUCGGGAGGGCGCAAGAGAAAGUCGCGCCGAGGAUGGCCCACGACCAAGCAGCGCCUGGCAAAGUGGCGGCGCCUCACCAUCUCGGAGCGCGAGGCCGUCACGGCAGAGGGCGGCAUCGUGUGGAGCGAAUGCAGGGACAUCCUGGCCCAGCUCAGCAAGAAAGCCAGGGGCGUCGUGGCGGAUCAGGUCACGUCGAUGCUGGCGCGCGUAGAGAGGAGGCUCGAGACGGGCCUCGUCCCGCCCCUCGCAAAGGGACCGGCGACCACGGCGGGAUCCGCAGCUCCGUUCGUGGGCCAGACCAGGAGAGACGUCCCCAGCACCCUCCUGGCUUGGAGGAUACAGAGGGAGGGCGGCGACCUCCUCGACGCGGAUACCGACGUCAAGCUGGGCAUGGACGCCGAAAUCGCCGAGCUGGAAGCCCAGCUGCUCCCCGAAGCCGAACAGGCCGUCGACCUCACCCGCGCCUACCGCGACCAGCAAAAGGAGCUCGGCGCAUCCAUGGCCCGCAUCCAGGACCUCAAAAAGGAGCGCAGGCGCCUCAAGGCCGCCCUGCGAACCGACGACCAGGUCCAAAAGAUCAAAAAGGUCGUCGAACCCGUCAUGGCACCCAACGACGUCGAGGGCAAGCUGCUGGCUUACCUCUGA